AAAAAAUUAGAGCCUACCCCUCGUCCUCAGUAGCCCUCCCUCCAACCAUAAGUAGUCCCCUCUUCUUCCUCCCCCAAAACCCCCCAAACCCCUCUCUCUCUCUCUAGCCUGCAUUUGAGAACUCAAAAAUGGCAGCAACAACUGCGACUCUGCUCCUCUGCAUUGCCACUGCCCUCUGUUUCAUCACCUCCGCCCAAGCCAGGAUCCCCGGCGUCUACGCCGGCAGCCCCUGGGAGUCCGCCCACGCUACCUUCUACGGCGGCAGCGACGCCUCCGGCACCAUGGGUGGCGCGUGCGGGUACGGCAACCUUUACAGCCAGGGGUACGGUGUGAACACGGCGGCGCUGAGCACGGCGCUGUUCAACAACGGGCUGAGCUGCGGGGCGUGCUUCGAGAUCAAGUGCGACGCGGCGCAGGACGCCAAAUGGUGCAACCCGGGCAGCCCCUCCAUCCUCAUAACGGCCACCAACUUCUGCCCGCCCAACUUCGCCCUGCCCAGCGACAACGGCGGCUGGUGCAACCCGCCCCGCCCCCACUUCGACCUCGCCAUGCCCAUGUUCCUCAAGAUCGCGGAGUACCGCGCCGGCAUCGUCCCCGUCAACUUCCGCCGGAUACCGUGCAGGAAGGAAGGAGGCAUCAGAUUCACGAUCAACGGCUUUCGUUACUUCAACCUGGUUUUGGUGACAAACGUGGCGGGCGCAGGGGAUAUCGUGCGCGUGAGCAUCAAGGGCAAGAAUACGCAGUGGCUGCCCAUGAGCCGGAACUGGGGGCAAAACUGGCAAUCCAACGCCAAUCUUGUGGGCCAGCCCCUCUCCUUCAGAGUCUUCGGCAGCGACCGCCGCGCCUCCACCUCUGUCAACGUGGCGCCCGCUAAUUGGCAGUUCGGCCAGACCUUCUCCGGCAAGAAUUUCAGGGUGUGAUGGAAUUUGCAACGGGGUCCUCCGUCUUCACCUAAUUUUCGCUUCUUCACCUCGAAGGAGGAUCAUGUAGUAAUAGAAUUAAUACAAAAAGGUGUUAUAAUGUAUGGAGGCUGAAGCGGCUGCACGGGAAAAUAGAUGUAGCCCGCAGCUUCGGAUUAUAAUGUACUAUUUGGUACAAUAUUGGUAUGGCCAAAACAAAAAUUAUAUUUUAUUGUUGUAAGUUUGUGGCGAUCAAUAAAUGUUGGGGUUAGGUUAUGUCAUGGUUGUUACGUACGACGCUAAAUUUGUUAUAACCAUUUAUUAAAGUUUGCGUUUUUUGUAUUUAAGAAUCGAGAGCAUAUAUUUAUAA